AUGUUAUUAGACGCGGAAAAAUUAAGAAAGAACGAACAGACAUACAAACGUCAACAAACACAAGGUUACAACAAGCGACAUAGAGCGACAUGUUUGUCUGACCUGAGUCCUGGAGAAACAGUUUGGUUGCCAGAAAUGAGUUCUCCAGCAGUUGUUGUUUCCAAGUCACCCGAACCAAGAUCAUAUAUUGUGCAAACGGAACAUGGCACGGUGAGAAGAAAUAGACGACAAGUAGUACCCAGUCCAAAGGAACCAGUUAUGAGAGAAUCACAACCUACGAACGACAGUACGAGUGAGAACAUUUCAUGUCCCAAUAGUAGGUCCGACAAUGUCGUGAGAACUCGUUCAGGACGUGUUGUUGUACCGCCUAAUAGACUCAAUUUGUGAACUUAUAUGAUUGACGAACUGAAAUAAUUAUAAUUUAGCGAUUUAGGAACAAUUAUAAGAAUUAUAGAACACUUAGAUUUAAAUUAGAAAAAAAAAACAAAAAAAGAACGCAUUUAGAAUUAAGUAAUUUAAUGACAUUUAAGAGACAUAAAAAUAUUUAUCUUCGAAAAGGAGAUGUGUGAUCAUUUGUAAGUUAAUUGUUUACUACAUAUGAUAAUUAGGUGUUAUUGUAAUUAGUAUAUAAUGCAUGGUUGAACAUGUAGUUUUAGUUCUUAAAUAAUAAUAUAUCGAGGACUUUACAACAGUCAAGGCUAGAAAUACAAGAGUUGCACUAGUAAUUUAUGUUCUCUUUUUUAUAUAUAUUUUAAGGAUGCUACUAGCGUUUACUUUGAUCCCAUUGCUUCAAAACAGUUGGGAACUUUCAAGGACACUAUUUGGAACACACACAGGAUCCGUCAUCAGAAAGAUACGGGAUUACGAAGUGGUGUCCCUAAUCACAUCUAUUCCUUCCCGGAGGAGUAUGACUUAGAGGAUUGUGGUAAAUAAUUACAGGCAGUCAGGCAUGCCUAACCAAAAGCAGUUUUGAAGAACACAACCAUAUGCCACUAGCAGCAAUCAAACCUGCUGUUCUGCAAUUUCAAUGCAAGGGUUUGCUAUAAAAAUCUAAAAUGUUACCCUCAGUACAACUCUCUGGCAAUAUCAAAAUACAGUACUGAUGAACAUGUGGUUAACAACCACUGCACCUGAAUAACAGGGGGAUCACUAGAGGGUCUAUAGUUUCAUUUUUACAACUGCUCCUGGUUAGAAUAUGAUAUGUGAGUCAGUGAGUGAGAAAAGAAGUUUACUGGUAUAUAAUAGGAAACACCACGUAAAUUUAUUACUUUUUUUACUGGUAUAGUAGGUAUAAAACCUCAUGUUCAAUUCGCUUAUUGUAGGUUGGCCUGUUUCAGAAGAUGAGUUAGAAAAGAUGGCAAACUAUUCCAGCGUAUUAGAUUGUGGUGAUGACUUCUUGGAAAGACCAAUUAGGGAUGAGUGUGAGCGCUGGGUUCCAAAUGUUGCGGAUGUUAAUUCAGAUGAUUGGACUGAUGCAUAUCUAUAUGUUCUUGAACAUUUUUCACUAUGA